AGAGAGGUUGGAGUGGAUGUUAUAUUUCCUAUGAAAUGUAGUACUUUGAACUAAAACCAUGACAAGUAUUUUGGAACAGGGGGAGUACAAAUGAAUCCUUAAAAGAGAAAAAUGUUGGAGUGGAUGUUAUAUCUCCAUGAGAGAGUGAGAGUGUUUGAUGUCAUAAGAAAAACAAAGAAAUUGUAAAAAAAUGUUGAAGUGAAUGUUAGGUUAUAUGAAAUAUAGCACAAUGAUUCUUUAGGAAAAAAAAAAUCCAAUCCUACAAAUCGAACGACUAACAUAUGGAAAAUUCCUAAGGAUUCUAAUCCUCCAACAAUCCUAUGAAAUUUCUUGGAAUCAAAAGAGCCCCAAGAGUGUUGUGAAACAACAGCAAUGGGCGGCCUCAUCAAAUAUAGGUCUCGUUUUAUUGUCUGGAAUGGAGUAUUUUCCAGCUACUCCAUCAGUCUAGAUAGAAGGUAGGGCUGAAAUAGAGAUUUUUCUUUUUAGUCUAAACAUACUUCUCUUUAUUGAUCAAUGUCCAAGUACAUGGGAAUACAUGAAAUAUCAGGGGGAUUUAGGAGCCACACAUAGCGUCCUAAAAGGAGACCUAAAGUAUGUUUAGCAAGGCUACGAGCGCCUCUGUAUUUGAUUCGCGUCCUUCGAAGAUGAAGAAACAUCGUUGCAACUGAGUCGAAGUUGCUCUAAUCUCCUUUAUUAUACUUGCAUAUAGCCCUCCAGUGUCAAAUUGAACCCACGAUAUUCACGAUAGUACUGUAGUUUUACGGGAACGGUGAACUAUCUCAAAAACAACGAAGGUGUUCCGUAACGAUCUACGUAUAUGUAAUAAAAAUCAAAAAAGUGUUUUUUUGUUCCGAAACGAUCUGACAAUAAGGCGUUCUGAAACGAGGCUACUCCAUGCCGCGAUCACAAAACUCAAACCCCCUCUUCUCGUAUGCCGGUCGCCCUCCGCGCCAUCCUCGCGGGCCCGAGCCCUCUCCCUGCGCGCGCGCUCCCCGCCGUCCAAGCCCUCCUCCUCACCUCGGGCCUCGCCGCGGACGCCGCCGUCCUCGCGCAUUUCGCCAGGCACCUCGCCUCCGCGACGCGCGCCCCGGCGGACGCCGUCCGCGCGCUGCUCCGGCUCCGCCCCCGCCCGCGCUGCGCGCACCCGUUCAACGCCCUCAUCUCCCACCUCACCCUCUCCGGCGACCCCCCCGCCGCGUUCCGCGUCUUCGCGGUCCUCGCCGCGGGCGGCGACGCCGGGCGGCCCGACGGGUACACGCUCCCGGCCGCGCUCAAGGCGUGCGCGCGGCUCGGCGGCGGCCUCCGCGAGGGCCGCCAGGCGCACGCGGUCGCGGCCAGGGGCGGGUUCCUGGGGCGCCUCCCCGUCCGCAACGCGCUGGUCACGCUGUAUGGCGCGUGCGGCGAGUGCGGCGACGCGAGGAGGGUGUUCGACGAAAUGGCGGGGCGGGACGUCGUGUCCUGGACCGCGCUGGUGUCCGCGUUCGUCAGGGGAGGGAGGUUCGUCGAGGCUCUCGCGGUGUUUGGCGAGAUGGACGUUGCGCCGAACGAGGGGACAUUGGCUAGCGCGCUGGUCGCGUGCGGGCGGCUGGGGGCUGUGCGUGCUGGGAAGGCCGUGCACGGGUGGUGUCUCAAGCGGCAGAGGGAGCUGGAACUCAUCGUUGGGAAUGCUUUGUUAGAUAUGUAUGUCAAGUGCGAGAAGUUGCAUCUUGCAAGGCGGGUGUUCGACAGGCUUUUGGUGAGGGACAUUGUUUCUUGGACGGUCAUGAUAAGUGGUUUGGUGCACUGCAGGCUUCCUAGCGAGGCCUUGGAGCUGUUCAAUGGGAUGCAGACAUCAGGGGUGAAGCCAGAUAAGGUUGUUCUCUCCACUGUCCUCUCAGCUUGUGCGAGCUUAGGCGCGCUGGAGUCUGGGAGGUGGGUGCAUGAAUAUAUAGAGCGUAAAGGCAUCGAGUGGGAUGUACAUGUGGGGACAUCAUUGGUUGAUAUGUACGCAAAGUGCGGGUGCUUGGAAACUUCUCUUUCAAUCUUCCAUAAGAUGCCCGUAAAGAAUGUAUCAUCUUGGAAUGCGUUGAUCAAUGGGUUCGCAUUGCAUGGUCAUGGUAGGGAAGCUCUUGUGUACUUUGACAGGAUGGUGGCUUCAGGCUUGCCCCCCAAUGAAGUCACCUUUAUAAUCGUCCUUGGUGCUUGCUGCCACACAGGUUUGGUGCAAGAAGGCCUCGGGUUGUUUAAUUUGAUGAAUAAUUCAUACAAUCUCUCGCCACGGGAAGAGCAUUACGGUUGCAUGGUUGAUCUUCUUGGCAGAGCUGGGCUCAUUCAGGAAGCAUAUGGUUUAAUUAAGGUCAUGCCUAUGACGCCUGCUGUGUCCACGUGGGGAGCCCUGCUGAGUGCAUGCCAAGCUCAUGGGCGAGUAGAGUUUUCACAGCAGAUUCUAAGGCAUGUCCAUGAGUUGGAGUCCUCUGGGAGUGGGUUUUAUGUACUCCUCUCAAAUUUAUAUGCUCUGAAUGAUAGAUGGACUGAUGUAAAGAGGGUGAGAGGGCUGUUGAGUGAAAAAGGCUUGUGGAAGGAGCCAGGAUCCAGUUUGAUUGAGGUGAAUGGUAAGACCAGUGAAUUUGUAGUUGGACAGACGAACCAUCAAGAUAUGGAUGCGAUAUGUGCCGUGCUUUUCAUGCUAAUGAAGCAAAUACAUUUGGAUGCGUUGUAAUUCUUCAGGCCGAUUCUCAGUUUUCGUUGGAGAUUUGAUCUUAUGCAUUCAGAAAAUAUCUACUGAUUUAGUUGGUCCUAGGGACUGGAUAUCAACUUUAGGUAGUCAUUGCAUACUGUUAGCAUCAUCUGGCUACACCUAUUUCUGUGGGUGAGUGGGUGAUCAAGUCUAACCUUGGAAUUGCUACUGCACAUUUAUAUUUCAUUGUUUGUUGCUCUUGUGCUUACGCAGCUUUUCUGGCGUUAAAAAUCUGAACAGCCAAGUGGAGUACAAAGUUAGCCAGACAUGAUUAACAGUGAAUAUCA